AUGAUUCCUCCUACUCAUUCCUCUUUACCACCCGCUACCCACCCAACAAGCAGUCUCCCCUCACUCGUCCUUCCACCGUCUCAUUCAGCACAGGACAAACACAAACACAAACGCUCCAAGCCACAGACCGAUCCGAUGAAGAGCGAAGCGCGUGGAGAGCCACACCCCAACGGCAGUGGCGACGGCGCUGACACGGCCAGUGUCGCACCCACAAAAACAUCACAGCCCCCCUCCGCACACCCUUCGUCGAUCCUGACACAGUACAUGAAGAACUUCCAGGGAAACCUGUCUCCCGACAUGAAGGACAUGCGACGAUACUGCUACCGGCACCAUCCGGACCUCAGUUGCUCCCGCGAGUCCGACGAAGAGUGCAUGGCCCAGAUCCAACGGUCUAUGGACGAGCUGCCCGUCAAGGACAGAGAGGGCAUCAGCCACUGCUGGAGCAUUUUCUCAGCGUCCAACCCUCGCCAGCGCUCGCUCAUUCUGCAGGGCAUUCUCACACAAUGCUGUUUCCCCCAGCUGUCGCAGGUAAGCUCGAUUCUCAAGGACCUCAUUCGAAUCGACUUCAUCUCGGCGCUCCCCACAGAGGUGGCCUUCAAAAUUCUGUGCUACCUCGACACGGCAUCUCUUUGUCGAGCCGCGCAGGUCAGCAAGCGAUGGAAAAUGCUCGCAGACGACGACGUGGUCUGGUACCGUAUGUGUGAGCAACACAUUGACAAAAAAUGCACAAAGUGCGGCUGGGGCCUGCCGCUGCUGGACAAGAAGCGCCUGCAGCAGAGCAAACGGUCCAUUGAACUGCGGGCCAAGAACUUCAACCCCAAGGUCGACACCCAAGGACAAAAGGUGGAGGACAAGGAAGACCAAACCCCACAAGAAAAGGUGGAGGACCUGACAGGGGAAAAGCCAUCUUCCUCGUCAGACGUCCAAUGCGGACACAAGCGAAAGAGAGAAGACGACAAUGUGGCCAUGGCUGCACCCAAAACAUCCAAGACGCGACCCUGGAAGGAGGUCUAUGGAGAACGAUACAUGGUGGAGCGCAACUGGCGUACCGGCAAGUACUCGGUACGUAAAUUUUCCGGCCACAAGCUCGCCAUCAUGUGCCUGCAGUUCAACCACCAAUUCCUCAUUACUGGUUCCUACGACACCACUGUCAAGGUGUGGUGUGUUGAGACUGGUCGGCUGAUCCGAACCCUCGAGGGUCAUCGUCUGGGAGUCCGGGCUCUCAUGUUCGACGACACCAAACUCAUCACGGGAUCUCUGGACCACACUAUUCGAAUCUGGAACUACCGAACAGGUCAGUGUGUGUGUACCUUCCGAGGUCACGAGAACAAGGUUCUUGCGGUUGAUUUCAACGAUUCAUUGAUUGUCUCUGGUUCCGCAGACAAGACCGUCAAGGUGUGGAACUUUGAAACCAAGAGCUGCUUCACUCUGCGGGGCCACACUGACUACGUCAACGACGUUAAAAUCCACAGCGCGUCGGGCCUGCUUUUUUCGGCCUCUGACGACAACACUGUUCGAGUGUGGGACUUGGAGACCAAGCGGUGUCUGCGGGUGUUUGGUCACCAGAACACCGGUGGACACGUGCACCACAUUCAGUCCGUCAUUCCGUUGACUCUCGACCAUCUGGAGGACGUUGAUCAUUUGGAUGCCGAUGAGAGUGCCAUUGAUGACGCUGAUGCCAGUGUUGUUGAUGAGGCCGACAAUGGUCACGAAAGUGCAAUUGACGACUCUACCGAUGGUCCUGAUCUUGCUAUUGCUGAUGGAGAGAUUGCUGUCCAGCGAAACUCCUUCUCCGUUGGCCAAGUGUCUCAAUGCGACAUUUUCCCUGAGCCCAAGACUCCCCUGGCUCGAAAGCACUACCCCACACACAUGUUGACGGGAUCCCUCGACAACACCAUCAAGCUAUGGGACAUCAAGACCGGCAAGUGCGUUCGCACUCUGUUUGGUCAUGCUGAGGGAGUGUGGUCGAUUGCUGCAGAUCAUUUCCGAGUGAUUUCGGCGUCGCACGACAAGACUGUCAAAGUCUGGGAGCUGCAUUCUGGUAGGUACAUGCACACGUUUGGUGGCUACCGCGAGGCUGUCACCUGUGUGGCCAUGAGCGACUGCAAGUUUGUCAUGGGCUGCGAGGACGGUGUUGCCCGUCUGUACAAUUUUGACAUGCCUUCCAGAGCGUAA